GCCACUGAGAAGAGUGUGCGAGUGGCCAUGAGAGACGGGACUCUGGCCGUUUUCGUCAAUCUGGUGGUAGCCACUGCCGUGGGCGUGGAACGUGGUGGAGUGAUGGAGGAUGUAGGCCAUGCUGCACACAGACAGAGGAAGAAGAGGCGGCUGAAUUUUUCCACUGGACUAACUCUGAUGUACGCUGUUCAGACAGUUAUCAGUGUCAGAGUAAAGACGGAGACGUGCAAUGGCUGAAUUCGGGAGGAUUAAACUGUUCUUAACUGUGAUACUUCACUUUACAGCAGUAAAUGGAAAUCCAUACAGCCACACCGUCAAAGCUGGAGAUGAAGUGACUUUGAUCUGUACAUAUAAAACGUAUCGUCCAGAGAAAUGUGAGGAUAUUAGCUGGCUCUACCGUCCCUCUGACUCUGUGACACUCAUUGGAAAUGGAGAGAUUCAUGAAAAUGUCAAAUCUAAAUCAAAACGGCUGAGUCUUUCAGCGAACUGUUCUCUGGUUAUAAGUGAGGUCACAGCUGAGGACGCCGGUGUUUACCAAUGUCAAGAGGACAAAAGAAGGAUGUCACUUGGGCUGUUGCUGUCUGUUGUUACCUUCAGUGAAUCUGUAGGCGCCUACUGGGUGAGAUUCAGCUGCUCUUUCAGACCAUUUGGAGAGUGCACACACACAGUCAAGUGGCUGAUAACAGGAAAUCACACGGCAUCAGUAUGGAACUCAGACUGCUCCUCCAGUGUUACCUUCAGUCAACUUGAUCUUCCAUUUGAAACGCUCUUGAAGUGUGUGGUAACGGCGAAAAAUGGAGAAGUGCACAUGUUUCCCCUGAGCCGUCAGUCUCCACGUGAGAAUACAACAACAGCAGCACCCACCAUACAAGCAUGUACAGAAGCAGCUCAUCCUCUCCACUUGGUCAUGUUGGUCGUGCGUGUUGUUGAAUUCGUCCUCAUUUCUGUGAUUACUGCUCUUCUCAUCAGAGCUUUAGGGAACCAGAGACAAACUAAUGCCAACGCUGUAAGACGAACAUAAACACAAUAAUCACACAUAAUGUACUUUUAGUGUUUGUACAGGACUUUUAAACAUUCAGCUACAGAGACGUCAGUCACUUAUGGUUCAUUUGAAGCACUAAAUAUUGUUGUUUAACAGGUCUGUAGGGAUGAAGAUGAAGACGAUGUUGCAGUGAGGUAUGAAAAUGUCAGAGAACCUUCUGUCUCUGACGUUGAUGAUCGAUAACUUCAAUAUCAGCUGAGAAAUGACAUCACCAAUGACUAUAGUUGGAAUUAUCUCAGAUUUUCAGAUCCUUAUGAUUAAAACUCCAUAACUUUAAUUUGUGUAUGUAAAUAGUUUAGCAGGACUUAGUAGUCAUUUGCCACUUGCCAUAUCAACUGUUAAUCUUUGUGAUUAUGAAUCGCUAACUUUCUGUUUAUUUUUGUGUAUGUUUGGGUUUUAU